AACCAUAGAGCAGAAAAAUUUCAAGGGACGAACUUUGUAAGAAGUGGGUGUGAUUUCUUUUAGCUAAGAGAGAGAGAGACGCUUUGUUUGGUGUUGAGGGUUAUUCGGAGAGCUCCGAGGAGGAAGAAAGAUGGCGGUGGGAAGGACCAUAGCAGCUCCUCUGCUGUUUAUAAACUUGCUCAUGUACCUUCUCGUGGUGGGUUUUGCUAGCUGGUGUCUUAACAGGUUUAUCAAUGGCCAGACCAACCAUCCUAGUUUUGGGGGCAAUGGGGCGACAAUGUUCUUCUUGUUGUUCGCCUUAUUGGCUGGUGUUAUUGGAGUAGUAUCAAAGUUCCUGGGAGGCUACCAUAUCAGAUCUUGGAGGAACGAGAGCCUAGCCGCAGCAGGAUCGACAGCAGUAGUGGCAUGGGCCGUGACUGUGCUAGCUUUUGGGUUGGCGUGCAAGGAGAUACACGUAGGAGGGCACAGAGGAUGGAGGCUGAAGGUAGUGGAGGCAUUCAUAAUUAUUCUGACAUUCACCCAAUUGUUGUACGUUUUGUUGCUUCAUGCCGGGAUAAUCAGCAGCAAAUACGGCCCCGGUCACCGCGACGGAGAUUAUGCCAGGGGCCCAACAACCGGCGGUGAACCGGUGCACAAGGGUGGUGCUACUGCAACUGCUGGUUCUAGGGUCGUUUAAUAAUGUAGAAGUAGAUGGGUUUCUUUUACCAUCAUGUACAUAUUAUGUGAUGAAUUUGUCCUAUCUAAAUUAAGUCGUUUGUUAUGUUGUGCA